AGAACGCUGAAACACGGUAAGAGAAUACCAGAGAUAUGGAUCACGUGCACGUGAAAUCGAGAUCGGCCUCGAAGAGCAACCCAACGAAGAUGGCUUGUGAGAAGGCGUCGAGACGCCUUAGGACGAUCCUCGUGAAGGCGUCUCGCAUCGGCGUUUCUACGGCGGAAGUCGCCAGGUUACCGGCGGCCAAGAAACUUAUCCCGCAAAGAGAUCACGGUUGGAAAUUGGCAGUGUUUCUCCUACUUAUGUUUGGAGGUGGAGUCAUCGUCGCCUUGGUGUGCACCGCCAGGAAAGGAUGCUCAAAACUGGAGGAUAUCAGUUUAGCGACCUAGCUGUUGCGGCCCAUUAUUCUCCGGGAACCGAUAGCGGUGUUGACGGUGACGAUGACAG